UAAAAUGUACGACAAGUCGGCUUAGGUCAGCUAGCCAACCUAUUACCAGUAUAGAAUUAAGUUGGUCAACACGUCAUGGUUCAAUUUUUGUGCAUUCCAGAACGUUAGUUUUGCAGCUGCACAACUGAUUAUACUAUAGCCACUCCUACUUCUAAAAGUGUGUGUGCAGCACAGCAUAAUAAUCGCCAACUGAAGUUGAACAAAUCAAUCAGCAGAGUUGAAUCUCAUCAAAAACUUGUUUGAAGCAGAAUGAAGGGUCUCAUCAUCGCCAGUGUUCUCAUAGUUGCUGUGGCAAUGAUGGCAACAGCUGUACCUAAUGCAGAACGACCAAUACGGAGUGCAGUCUUUCAGAAUAAUUAUGCUGGUAUUCAAGAGUUGCUCAAGGAAAUAGCAGAGGCAGAGGCAGAGGCAGAAAAAGACGACAGUCAGAUGAGUCUAGGCCAAAAUGAUGAAUUGGAGUGCACUUGCAUGCAUUUCAAGAAUAAGGAUCGCCCAAUAUGCAAAGGAUCUAACUGUAACGUCAAACCAGCUGAUCAACUAAUGGCAGUCCUUCAGAAUAAAUUUGCUGGUAUUCAAGAGUUGCUCAAGGCAGAGGCAGAGGCAGAAGAUCACAGUCAAGAAAUAGAUGAAUUGGACUGCGCUUGCAUGAAUUUCAAGGGUAAGGGUCGCCCAUUGUGUGUGGGAUCUAACUGCCCCGAACGAGCUAGUACACAACUAGAGAUGGGUGAUGAAUGGUGGGAUGAAGCGGAAGAGUUGCUCAGAAGGUCAAGCUGGCUUGUGGGCUUAAACAAACGCUAAAAAUGACACAAGUCUGCAUGGCCACUGCAGCCCGUAUUCAUCAAAUAAACACUCUGCUAGAGAGUCGUGGAUAUAACUAUAAUUAUAUUAGUCAUUGCAGUUUGUAAUCAUCCAUUAAUAGUUAUAAUGAAAUCGAAUCGUGUGA